AUGUUAGAAGUUAGAAAAAAGGAUCUCUCGGACGAUUGCGUGUUCGAGGAACAUAUAGAGGAGAACAACUACAACACAUACUCGCGGAAACGCAACGGGAAGAAAACCUUCUUGGCGUUAGACAACAGGGGGAGAGCGCGACGGACGCAGAUCCCCGUGAGUCGGCCGCUCGGCAACCUGUCCCCGUAUGCGCUCUCAUUGACGAGGCGGUGGGACGGACCCAAGCAGACGCACUGUCCGCCGCGGCGGCAUCGAGGCAAGCUGAAGCGGCCUCCGCCGCGACAUAGAAAUUGUCAUAUACGCCUCCAGAAAGCAAAUUUGAGGCAUAAGAGGAAACACAAGAAGGCUAACAAUCCCAAGAAAAAGCAGCGGCGUCCGAAGAUGAGAAGAAAACAUGAGAACGGGACGACGACCACGACCGAGGUGACGUGGGACGAGUCGACGAUGUCGACCAUGUCUACCACGGAUGUCGAGUUUUUUCGGUCGGCGACCGCGCAGGAGGCGGUCGGACGCGCGUGA